GAUUGAAGAUACCAGCUGGGUUCACAAGGCUUAUUAAUCUCCUUUGACUGAAAAAAACAUGAACAUUUGAGUUAAAAGUAUGAUUUAUAUAUACGAGUAAAUUCCAUCCUUUGUUGAUUUACAUAAUGUUUCAUUUUAAAAUAUGAUUCCGGAGGAAAUAAAUCUACCAAUCAAAGGUCAAUUGUCUAGUGUAGGAGUGACUACGACGUCUUGAUUCUCUAAGCGGAUACAAUUGCACCCAAGAAUAAUAUACGUAUUCGAGAAAGUGUGUUCUAAACGUUUCGUUAAGUAUGGGCGAUCUAAGUGAUAAAGAAUUGUUACUGUGUAAAGAUGUAUUCUCCCUUUACGAUACAACUGGAUCAGAGAAGAUAGCAAUAAGUUCGUUGGGCGAAGCUCUACGCGCCAUGAAGACGAACCCAACAGAGGCCGAUAUUAAAAAGAUAACAAAAGAUUUCAAAGGAAAAGAGAUAAGUUUUGGCGAAUUUCUUCCCGUUUAUAGCUUGAUGAAACAGCAUCAAGAUCAACUUGGGCAUAAAGGAACUUCUGAUGGUGUCAUUGAAUGCUUUCGUCAUUUUGAUCGCGACCUGAAUGGCGUUGUUUCAUCCGGUGAACUCAGAAACCUUCUCACAACUCUGGGAGAGAAAUUAACGAAUGAAGAAUUUGACAACUUGACUUCUGGUUAUAUCAAUCCAAAAGGAGAGGUCUCCUACGAAGAAUUUGUUCGUGGGGUGAUGGAGAUGUAGAUAUUUCAUUAUUCCAUCAAAAUUAACGCAUUAAUUUGACUAUUAGAAGUUAUAUUUGAUUCACUAUAUUACAGACUGAAUAUUAGAUUACUAUUGUUUUGAAACUAUCAAAGUUUUAUCGGAUAAAAAUUUUGCUAUGAGAAAAUUAUAAUGAAAUCAAAUAGGUUUUAUCGUGAAAACUAUUAAAACACGAAGACGAAGUAAAAAUUAUCAAAAUAUUAUACUAUUCCACUCCAUUAUGGAUUUAUGCAAGUGGUUAAUGCAAUUAUAUGCUUAUUAUGAAUGAAA